AUGUCAACGCCACCAACACUACAGCAAGUAGAACAAACCCCACUAGACAUGGGGGCAAAUAUUGGAUGGGUGUUGUUGUCUACUGCAUUAGUAUGGUUGAUGAUACCAGGUCUUGGAUUUUUUUAUAGUGGGUAUAGUUUAGCUUUUAGUCCGACAGGUGGCCCAUUUAUUGGCAAUUUUGAUCAUGCACUUUUAAGAGGCGUUGUGACCAAGAGCUAG